AUGGAGCCUGAUAAGGACACAACGCUUGGCUAUCGCCGAGGAAUAAGAACGAAGCAGGCACUCAAAAUGUACUGGUUGGCAAUUAUGGUAUUAGGGGUGUCAAGCGCCCACGCGCAGCUAACUGCCCAAUCUAGCUUGGCCCCUGAGCUGCGGGAGUGCUAUACGGAUCCCUUGCUGUUAAACAGAAACAAUCUGCCCCCAACAACCAUGCCAGUACUCAUAGACAUUAUUCGCAAGAUCGAGGACAAUCCCGAUGUUAACGUCGAUCUAAGACAGCUUGCUGUGUUGUUACUUCACACGUACAGGCAAGAUGGUAUCGAAUUUCACCAGCCGGAAGUCAGUUUGGGAGCUCAAUCGACUAUUCUUCCAUUUGCUCCCACUUUUCAUUCGUUCUACCGCCACAGAUUGCUGCUGACGAGAAUCAUUCCGGGGAAUCUGUUAGUACUGGCGAAUAAUACAGUGACGUCUGCUUUAAAGUGUGGUUUACAUCAAAUGCUCUCUACAACAGUUGAUGCUCGAGUGCGUGGCAAUGAAAACAGUUGCAAUCAAUUGUCGCAGUAUCGAGCCUUAAGAACCGCGAGAGACGUUUCUCUUGUUAAAGAUGAUGUGGAAAUAUUGGAUCUGUCAAUGAUGAAGGCAGCUAACACAAAAGGUCAAAUGAGAGAUUACAAUCCAAAAGAUGAAGUUGAAUACACACGCAAGAGCAGUUUCAAAUCUGAACGUCAAGUGUUGGGCCAGAGUACGUGUCCGUUGCUCAAUGGCGUCGUGAGCACUCGAUGGGGCGCUGUCUCCGCUGGCCACUUGAUAGCGGGAAUCGCGGCCGGCGCGGAACUGCAGCAGGUGCCCAUCCUGGAACUGACCAAGGGCUCAGCUCUCAACUACAAUAACGUGCAGCAAACCGUCAUGUCCAUAUAUCCUGCGACAUUAUCGGGCGAUUUAGCCGAGGCGGUGCUGAUCCAGGGCACCGAAAGGGGCAGAUCGUCAAUUUCUGUCGGCACUGCUGGAAACUGGAACAGCUCACAAGCGCCACGAUUCUACAUGCUCCACAGCCGAGUUGACGUGGAGAUGACGGACCCCGAAAUACGCGGUGAUAUAGACGGAUUUGUCAUUGGCAGCACAUUGUCCUCAGUGCUGGGUAUGUCGAGCACGCUCAAACUAUCACAGCUCCUAGAUAUGUAUUAUACAGCAAGGAACGGCGUUUAUAACCCAACCCUAAGAGCCUGCAACCGGCAGGAAUUGAGCCAACAAUAUAUAACCAGCAACAAUCUGGUAACAGAAACUCACACGUUCGCUGCUGCUUUAGACACUAACAUCCCAUUACGAGGAACCAUAACCGGAGGUCUCGAAGAUCUAGUUAAUAGCGCCGUCAAUAAUUUCCAAACUUAUACAACAAACAACAUGAACGACAUGAAUUGUAUUACUACGGAGGCGACCUUGCCGGAUUAUCGUUUCAAAACCAACCUCUACAUAGUGCUGGACGCUUUGUGGCCAUACCAGGCCGUGUACCCCGCAAUUUCGUACUUACUGGAUAAUAUAGAAGUCAGUAAAUACGGAUCGAGUGUAACAUUGCUCAGUGCUUUCGACGGGAAUGUCAUUGUGAACAAAACCUUUUCAAUAUCAGAAUUCCACACAAAUUAUACUAUGACGAGACACCAGACCUUGCUGACAGGAGUGAAUUUGGAGACCACUUUCAGGAACAUACGUAUAAUGAUGCACAGGGAACUAGAUAACGAGAGAACAGCGAACUACGUUGGGGGCAAUGCUACCGUACUUCUUUUCUUGCUUAAUAGCGGCAACAUACAAAACACGCCGGCCGUUUGGGAAGAAGCCAGAAUACUGAAUGAAACCGUGCCGGAUUUGAGGAUCCUUUUCGCCACUGCCACUAAUCAAUUUGACAAUCUCUGGAACUUGGUACGCGAUAUGCGCAAUGACAUAACUACCCUGACCUUAAACACCGAAGGAACAAAUGUUGAGCUCACCAUGAAUCCCAUUCUGGAAAGAAUUGCUCAAGUUGGACGCAGAAUUAUAAACCCAAACUGCGGGUCAACUUACCCGGCUGACUCAUCUUCAGGCGUUCGACAGUACGAAGAUUUUGUGGAACCGGGCUACAUUAAUUUCUAUUCAAUAAGCCCGAAUUACUUCUUUUUAAACAAUGACAAUCGAAAAAUACGUAUAUCACGUGGAAGCUCUGGAAUUGGCAGCUUAAUUAUUUGCUACUCGCGAAUCGCUACCCAACCCAGACAAAAUGCUACCUUGUCGGGUUUCGAUCAAAGCGCAAUAACCUGCCAGACAUUAGCAUCCAGUGGAAAUGUAGAAAUAAGCCUUCAGAAUGCAUGCGCUAACUACUGGACUAUUAAUACUUGUCCAUUCCUUUACAUUUCCGUUCAGUCAUCGGCGGCUACUUCAUCUUUGAGUGCCAUUUGCACAGAAAACGCAUGCAGAUUUCCAUACAAUAUCAGGUAUCAAGUACAAGUUGAAGAAUUGGGAUGUUUCAGCAACGCAGGCUCAAUAGGUGUGAGCCUUGCAUUAAUUUGGAUUGCGGUAUUAAGCAACAUUCUCUUCCGC